AUGCAGCGUUCUGGAAUUCCUACCAAAACUUAUCAGAAAGGGUAUGCUGCCCGCCACGUGGAAACGGCUGCACACCGGACUUUUCAGAUCAAAACAUUUAGUACAGAGUUGAAAAACCAUGUGAUGGUCAUGGAUUUCGUGAAGAGUAAGUGGUUUCCCUCCCAGAGAAGAGCUAAAGUUUGUAUCAUCCAUAUGUAUCAAGGCCUGAAGACAGCUGAGCAGACAGCCAGCAGAUAUGAGAUCCACAGUCGGCUCUUCUCGUCCCCCAAAGAUCACUCUGCCUGGGAAAGAAAUGAAAGUCUUGCAAAUGCAGGAUUACGGGACAACCAGUACAGUACAAACGAUCAAAUUGCCCUUAAAAAUCUCCAGUCUGAUGUUCCAGAGAAGAAAUCUGACUUUGCCAAGGAGACUCUGGCAUCGCAAAACACAAAAAUGAUUUCAUCCAUAGUCAUUUCACAGCUGAUUGAUGAGAAUAAAUCAAAAGAAAAUGGGGCUGCGUUGCCCGCGCCGUGUGCAGUGGCUCAGCCUCCAGCAUGUCCCGUGAAGCAAUCUCUGGCUAAUCGGAGCGGAGUCACCAUCAGCAGGGCGUUCGCCCUCCUUCCCAGAGGAUCAGGAAUUCAGACACCGGUGGAGGAGCGAGGAUCUGAGACAGAGUGGCUGCCCAAAGAGGAGAAGCCCUGCGGUGGCCCCCAAAAGGGAUUUGCAUCCAUCACCAUCACGGCCAGGCGCGUGGGACCCCCAGCCAGCACCCUGGUGUGGGAGGCUGUAGGGGACCCCCUGUGCCCCAAAUGCAGGGCCCAGGAUGCUCUGCUCAGGGACUCCUCUGCUCUGGCCAGUGGUGCCAAUCCACAUCAGCACCAUGGACCUUUCCCCUUCGUGGAAUUCUCCAGAAACAGCUCUGUGAUGAGGCUGAAGCUUCCUGAGGCCCACGCACAGCUGUGUGAGGGACACGGGUAUUGGAUCACCAAUGGGGACAACAGAGAGAACAGUUUUUCUCGAGGCACCCCACGGUCGGGAAAGAGCCCACUGGUGUUCAGCUCCUGUGUCCAUCUCAGGGUGUCUCAGCAGUGUCCAAAUUCCAUCUACUAUCUAGACAGGUCCCUCUCUGUCCCCAUUGAGCAGCCUCAACUUACCAGCCCUGAAAUGCACAGAUCGGUCCUGUCGCUCAACCUAAAUUGCAGUUCACACAGAUUGACACCAGGUGGAGUAGAUGGCACAGCUAACGGAGGGCCCAUAAGCGGCACCCUGAAGCAGGAGCUCACAGAGGGAAACCAGAACCUCCUAGACACGCGCUGGAACUCAGGUUUGCAAGCAAGUUUCUUGAAGAGAAACAUAUCGUUGGGACGGGAGCGUUUGGGGACUGGCUUAUGUCCUUGGAAUGGCUCCCCUCCGCUGGAAAAUGCAGAAUUCACAGACGUGGGAAAUAACCUCGUCACUGUAAGAAAAGAGAGAGAGGACCAUGCAACUUGUUGUCACACCAGCAGGCACACCAACCAGCUGUCCAUUCACAUUCCUGGCUGGAGUUACAGGGCAGUAGAAUCAAAAGUAUUUUCUGGAAGCAGUGAGAAGCAACAAGAAGCACAUGUGACUUUGUCUGCUCCCCCAGUGGAACAGAAGCUGGUUAAAGAUUUCCUUCCCGAUGGGUGUAGCUCUACAAGCAACAGCUGUCAGUCUAGCAACCUUUCUGGGCCAGCAGAGAGUCAACAGCAAAGCUUCCUGAAACCCAGCAUCCUUGUACCUGGGUUUCUUUGCCCCUUACAAGAUUUAUGCACAUCUCCACAGGAAGAUAAUGGUGUCCAGGUAGAAAGAGAGUUCCCCAAAGGAGAUUACACCUGUUGCGACUUGGUUGUAAAAUUAAAGGAAUACAAGAAGAGUGAGGACCCCACCAUGCCCGAGCCCGAGCCUGCGCCGCCAGAGCCAGCACCCCCCGAGGAAUCACAGACCCCCGACCUGUCAGAAGACUGUUUCCAGUGCCAGCAAAUGCCUGCAAGCUCCUUGACCUUGCAGGAAGCCUUGGAAGCCCGUAAACCUCAGUUCAUCUCUCGCUCGCAAGAGCGGCUGAAGAAGCUGGAACACAUGGUACAGCAGAGAAAAGCCCAGCAGAAGGAGAACCUGCGGCAGAAGCAGCCUCUCCUCCCGGUGCGCACCAGCAAGAAGCAGUUCACCAUUCCUCAUCCUCUUAGUGAUAACUUGUUCAAACCCAAAGAAAGGUACAUUUCAGAGAAGGAGAUGCACAUGCGAUCUAAAAGAAUCUAUAAUAACUUGCCGGAAGUUAAAAAGAAAAAAGAAGAACAAAAGAAAAGAGUGAUCUUACAGAGUAACAGACUCCGUGCUGAAGUCUUCAAAAAGCAAUUACUGGACCAGCUCCUUCAAAGGAACGCAGUCUAGCCACAGGCUGCCCUGCUGACCACUCCCCGGA